AUGGCCAAGUCGUCUCUGUCAGAGGUUGGAUUGAAUGAUUUCCUUGUAAUCGAACUGGAUCAGCAUCAAAGCAGUGAUUAUUCGUCUGAGGAUAUACAGGAAUAUUUGAAAACAUUAUCAAAGAUUGCUACACCACCCAUUGCAAAUAUGCUUCUAGAGAAACUACCAGAGUUAAUGGAUGAUGACAAUAGGUAUGGAUCCAACAKUGAAAGUAACACUGCAAGAUUGAUCAUGAAUCAGUUUAGAUGGCUAGAUAGAAUUGURAAAAGCAAAGAUCUUACAGAGAAAAUGCUUGAAAUGGUGUCCAUCACAGCAUCAAAUGUACAACAUGAGAUCAUUACUUGUCUWCCUGAAGUUGUUGAUGAUGCUGAACAUUCUGAGGUUGCAAGACAGUUGAGGGAGAUUUUGCUGCAGAAUACAAACCUUGCAGUCCCUAUUCUUGAUGCUUUAUCUAAUCUGAAUCUUAGACAAGAGCUUCUUGCUGAGGUGCGAGUAUCUGUACUGCAAAUGUUACCAUCAGCAAAGCUAGAAGAUCUUCCAGUCAUCACCAAAUUYAUCCUUCAGUCUGUGUCUGACAAUGAUGCAUUUGAGGUGAUCAAUGAAUUAAGAAGCAACCUUGACUUCAAUUCCCUUUUGCCACCACAGUCUUCUUCUACACCACUGAACCCUAGAAAUUCAAAGGAAAGUGCCUCAGGAAGUACUGCAAAGAGUGGCAAACUCCUUACAUUAGAUUCUAUUCGUUCUGGUAUUCGAUUCCAGAAGUCAGUAGCUGAAGGAUGGUUGAAGGCUAUAGAUUCUAUCAAUUCAUCAGCAUCUCAAAAGGUGAUCAAUGAAUUAAGAAGCAACCUUGACUUCAAUUCCCUUUUGCCACCACAGUCUUCUUCUACACCACUGAACCCUAGAAAUUCAAAGGAAAGUGCCUCAGGAAGUACUGCAAAGAGUGGCGAACUCCUUACAUUAGAUUCUAUUCGUUCUGGUAUUCGAUUCCAGAAGUCAGUAGCUGAAGGAUGGUUAAAGGCUAUAGAUUCUAUCAAUUCAUCAGCAUCUCAAAAGGUGAUAGAUCUCUUUGUCUUACUGAUUCUCCAUUCUACUGGUAAUCGUAAGAAGAAUGUUGAAAGCCUGUUCAGGAAUAAGAUUAAGAUGGGACAUUUUACAGUGGACAUGCUUGCUUCAGCCUUCACCUCACAUUCACAGGUCUUAAGAGAAUACUUUACCAAUAUCCURUCUCUUGGUGAGGUGCUGUUGAGGUCUCCAGAUCCAGCUGUGUGUUCAUAUGCRUGUGCAAUCUACCGCCAUGCAUUUGUUGCAUUUGAUCUAUAUUGCCAGCAGGGUAUUUUAGACUAUUUGGACAACCUUACUCUCAGUCAAAUUAGGAAGGUUUUCUCAAUGCUUAGUACCUUGGCGUUCAGUAGCCGCCGUGAAGGUGCCAUGAUUCAGGAUGAUGUCCAUAUAGUCAUCAGAAAACAGCUUUCAAGUGACUGUCCCAAGUACAAAAGAAUAGGUAUCAUUGGUGCUGUGAUGAUUGUGCGCAGCAUGGCAAGAAACAGGUCUGAUGAUAGUGAUGAGACAAUGUCCACAGCCUCACAAUACCAUUCCACUAUUAGUAAUGAUUUAUACAAACAGAUUGUUCAUCUUCUCGAGAUGGUGCGUGCUAGUGUCAACCGUGUCCCUGAAGCAGCAGCCUUGUUCUAUGACGAACUUACAAGGGUCAUUGAACAAGGUGAUGUCGAUAGGAAAAUCAAGAACUGGAUAAGUGAAACAGUUGUAUCUGACUUCCAAGAUGAUUUCCUUGUUGACAGGGAAGCUCCACUUCCUGUUGACACUCUUCCUAUUGAGCAUGUUUAUGGACUAGACGAAGCAGAAGAAGGAAGCAUUGCUUUGAAUAUGCUUCCUUUGCUGUUGGCAGCUAAUUCUAAGAAAGCACACGCCAAUGAAAGUUCUUCAGUCGCCUCUCUUGUGUGUUUGGCACCUCACUUCCGGCUUCUGCGAAUCUGUGAACAAAGUCAACAUAAUGAUGAACUGGAGGGUAUCGAUGCUUUGCUGGGCUGUCCUCUCAUUAGUUUUAAACCCAGCAUGCUUGACAAUCUACACAACUUGACACAAGCUGAUAGGGAAGUUAUUUGUGGGGCUUUGUUCUACACAGUGAACUGGUUUAUUGAGCUUAUUAAUGGAUUUUCCACUCAAAGUGACCCUGAAAUGCGGGGCAAGACACUGACGCGUCUCAACGAUAUCACAUGCUUGUACAAAAAUAUAGAGACCGUGCUCACAGCGACACCGACCUUUUCUCCGUCGCUGGCAACCUUUGACUGUGAAAGCCCAGCUCCCCUUCGACCACAACCCGCUACUAAAGGAAAGCGGCCAAGAAAGCAAGCUAAAGGAAAUGACACAAAGAAGCUUGAUGAAACCAUAGAAAAGGUCGAUAAGGAGAACGAUAAAGAACUUGAUGCGUCGAGCAUAGCAGCGACUGCUGAGAAGACUGAUAAACGUGCAAGUAAAGCUGAUAAAGGGACAUCGUUUACUAUGGCACAAUGCAGACCUUAUCUCAGAGAACUUGAUUUAAACGUGUUUAAUCUUCUCAAAUGUGGCUUUGUAACGCGAUCUGUUCUCGACUCUGAUAUGAACACCGAGGAGAAAACUAUACUUCGUAUUCAAGCGCCACACCUCUUCUUUCUCCUUGAUGACUUGUCGAGAAAACUUAACCAUUCAUUAUCAGCAUCAGCCUCGUCUCGAAGGUCAUUUCUAAAGGCACGUCACGACAAACAAGUAGGAUUCUCCAACCUGUCGAGACACUCAGCAAGGGAGUUUGCUAAGUACAUGGUAGACCUGCUGCCAACGUUGUGUGAACAUCUUGAAUCAACCAGCGCUUUCUUUCAGACGAUGCUUGUCGCUAACGAUGGCAUGGUAGAUGGUCCUGGUAGUAACACAGAAGAAGCUUCAACAAUGAGCCAAUGUUAUCAUCUCCUCUUCAGCUGCUUUCAAACUCUGUUUUCAUGGAAUGGUUUUCUUGUGAGUAGUAACCUUGAAUUGUACAAAAGAGCGUUAACUGUUCUCUCAUCACGAACAAAGCUGUCAUCGACUACACAAGCUGGACUGCAAGACUUGCUAAAACAAUCCUUUCAUUACCUGGAACAGUUCGCAAGCACCAUUACCGACAUGGCUACCGCAUUAACACUAACUAAGCUGCUUGUAGUUAUAAGUGAAAGAGCUGACAAUAAUGAGAUAAACACUGCUAUUGCUGAACUGACUGGUGGUUUCCUUAAGAAAGACUGGAUCAAGAGAAACGGGGAAAAGGAGAGCRGCCCCAAGUACAACGAAGCUUUGCAAUAUCUAUUGAGGUUUUACCUAUCAUUCUCCGAGGAUCCUAUGCCUUCACUUGAGGAGAUCUCAGCCGGAGCAUUUACAGAACUCAUCAAUGAGGAGAACGAUGGUGUGUCGACGUCAUAUCCGACGUUAACAAGGGCAACAGUACCAUCAUUCUAUCGUGGAAUUCUUGAAGAGUUAAUAUCAUAUCUUAAGCUGACACAAAGUACACCCAUUAAACGAACGGACAUGGACCAGGCAAAACAAAGAUUAACGCAGCUGAACAUAAUCGUCCGAGAGUUCCAUAUCAUCAUCAAUCUAGUGAAGGUUUUUGAACAGCGCCAAGUCUUAUCGUCCGCUUUGAAGUUUGGUCGUGUCUUUGUUGAAACGUUUCUUAGAAUUGGUAUGCCUGUACUAGACCAAAUGCUGAGGUCCGAAAAGGACACUGUACAUGGUUUACUGAAGAACCUACAGCAGAGUACCAGAUGUUUGCAACAUUUUUGUGGACAUACAAAGGUUGCAAAAGACAUAGCGCUAACUAACCAUGUACCAGCUGUUAAGAAGACUCUCGAACUUUUUGUGUUUCGUGUGAAGGCAAUGUUGGCUCUCAAUGAAUGCCAUGAAGCGUUCUGGAUGGGAAACCUGAAGAAUCGUGAUAUUCAAGGGCAAGAAAUCCUCUCACAACAGUCGACAAAGGACGACGACGAUAAAGGUGAUGAUGAUGAUGAAGAAGAAAUGGACAUCGAUAAGGACGAUGAAGAGGAAGAUGAGGAGGGUGACAACGCCGAAGCUGAAAGUGUGGCAAGCCACGACACAGGUGGCGAUGAAAACGAUGAUGAUGACUCAUGCAGUGAGGUGUUUUAAAAGUUGCCACAAAACAGUAUCCAGAAGAGAACCUUGAAAGCUGUUUGUCGUCCUAACGUUCAAAAAGAAGCCAGUCAGAAUCAUUCUAAAGUCUCUCAAAGGAGGCGGGGUAAAUCCUUACUUGGAUUAAAAACAUUCCUGUCAAAUAAAGUACUUAUAUCAUACAGUUAAGUCGUAUA